AUGGAUCCCUGGGAUUUCCAAGAGGAGAAACUCCCAAUGAAGCAAUACUUCGCUGAGGCCAACCUCGUAGAAACCAACCGUGGAAAGAGAAUCAUUGAAUACGACACACUACGCGACCGCGAUGACCUUGACAAGACGCAGAGAGUCGCAGCCGAUGUGAUACAGUAUAUCAAACAAGGAUACCUCAACGUGGGAGUUACAGAGAAGCACAGAAAUGAAAAGUACAUAGCACCUGGUCACAUAUUCUCGAAGAGAAUGUACGUUCGCGAGAAACCAACCCAACAAGCGGCAAAGGAAACCAUGUUAGACCACCUCAAGGAUCUCUUGAUGAUAUCCGCACUAGAGACCAAAAGGAAGCCACAGGCAGAACCUCGGACUCUUGGUAGGCCUCAAAUCGAAGAUGGUCGUACUUCUAUAUUGCAUCACAGUGGGGGCGAUUCAGACGAUUGGUUUGAAAGCGAACGUAACUGGAUUAAUAGUGACCGCUAA